AGCAAAGUUAUGAAGUAUAAAUGUAGGAGUGACCAGAACGAUUUGGUGUUGUGGUGUGGCAAAUGAGUAUUUUCACAUCACAUAACAUCAGCAACAUUCAGAGACAGAGUCAAAUUGGGAUAGAACAUCACAUGCCUUAGAUCUGUCUCAUAUUGCAUUCACAUUCAGUCAUUCCUUCCAGCUUGUAUCUUCCACAUUUUCCUUUCCACCCAGAAAAAUUCUCCAUUCCUCUCUCCUAAUACCUAUGUCCAUUUCUGCUUCAAUUAUUGCACACUUUAGCCACCUCAUUCAAUUCCCCUUCAUCUUAAAAUUGGGUUCCACAGCCACAAAGUUCUCUUAACCAUGCUUCUCCUUGUCCUAUAUACCCACAUGGGAAUAUUAUCAUUUUCCAUGUAAAAUCACUCUACUUUUUUCAUCAACAUGUGCCUCUUUCACUCUGUCUCAUCACACCCCAGAUCUUAAUUAUCCCAUUUUUCCAACACUUUUGUGUGUUUCAUUCACCCCAAUUGUGUUGCUGCCACUUCUCACUACUGGGUGUAGUGAAAGAUCAGAUUUUUCAGUGGAACAAGGAGAGAACCACCCUCCAUGUUGAUACUGGUUCUUGGACUGGUUUCAGCUACUUUGUUAGUGAUUGUUGCAGGUUAUGUGUUGUAUUGCAAGAAGAGAGUUUCAAGGUGUGAGAGUAAGGACAUUGAAAGCUCGGAACACAAGGAGGAGGAGGAGGUGGCUCAGAAGGAGGAUUUGAUGAUCUUUCAAGGUGGGGAAGACCUUACAAUAUGUGACAUAUUGGAUGCUCCAGGGGAAGUGAUUGGAAAAUCCAACUAUGGAACAUUGUACAAGGCCUUGUUGCAGAGGAGCAACAAGGUGAGGCUGCUCAGGUUUCUGAGGCCAGUGUGCACUGCAAGAGGUGAAGAAUUGGAUGAGAUGAUUCAGUUUCUUGGAAGGAUAAGACACCCUAACUUGGUUCCUCUUCUGGGGUUUUACACUGGGCCAAGGGGUGAGAAGCUUCUUGUUCAUCCCUUCUAUAGACAUGGGAAUCUUACUCAAUUCAUAAGAGAUGGAAAUGGAGAGUGCUACAAAUGGUCAAACAUAUGCAGAAUAUCCCUUGGUAUAGUGAAAGGAUUGGAGCAUCUUCACACAUCACAGGAGAAGCCUAUCAUCCAUGGAAACCUCAAGUCUAAGAACAUUCUUUUGGACCGUUCCUACCAGCCCUACAUCUCAGAUUCUGGUCUGCAUCUUCUGCUGAAUCCUACUGCAGGCCAAGAAAUGCUUGAAAGUUCAGCAGCACAGGGUUACAAGGCACCAGAACUCAUCAAAAUGAAAGAUGCUACUGAAGAGAGUGAUAUCUAUAGCCUUGGUGUGAUCUUGCUGGAACUGCUUUCAGGAAAGGAACCUAUCAAUGAACACCCUACUCCUGAUGAGGAUUUCUAUUUGCCAAAUUUCAUGAGAAAUGCAGUUCUUGGACACAGAAUUGCUGAUCUAUACCACCCUGCCAUUCUUCUCAGAAACAGCAGAGAGGACAGUGUUCCAGUCACAGAAGAAUUCAUUCUCAAAGUUUUUCAACUUGCCAUGGCUUGUUGCUCCCCUUCACCCUCAGUUAGACCUAACAUAAAGCAAGUCCUGAAGAAACUUGAAGAAAUUAUGUUCUAGAAUCCAUGGGGGGGUUUUUUGUGAUUUUUUUGUGUAGUAUUGGCCACUCUGGCAACUCUGGCAACUCUGGCAGCAGUGAUACUGCACACUUUAAAUUCUUCAGGCUCAUCAUUAACAAUGAUGUGGUUGGAGACAAUAUAACAUUUAUUAUAUAUAUGAGAAAUUAGGAAGAGAAAAAAAAAAGUAAGCAUUCUGCUUACAAAUUGUGCAAUUGACUACCAAACAAAGACUUCAGAACAGUUGAUGUUGAUGUUAAGGAUUAGAGUUACAUGAAGAAUCAUAUAGGUUGAAACUAAAGCUACCAAAUUCUGAACUCCAAAUCUCAGAUCUGGCUCCCAGUUACUGAAUUUGAAAUUUGUGAGACUAUGCUUGAUAAAACAAGUGAGCUUGUGACAUGGACAAUGUCUCUUAUACCCUGAUACUGAUUGCAGAGAUUUGAAGGGAAAUUACUCAGAUUCUUUUACUGUCAAGAAUGUUGUGCUGCUGUCCAAGAAUUUUAAGCCAGAAUGUGAGUUUUCCUGUUUGGAUAACCACAGAAUCUGCUGAGAAAUGGUCUUUAUCCACAGUGACCCUAUCAAAAUCCAUGUCAUGGCCAUAGUUGAACAUGCAAAAGUGCAAAGGAAUCUGAAUAAUUAUGUAGGCCAGGAAGUGGGAUCAUUUGGUGGCAGAUUUUCAAAAUCUCACCAAGAACAAGUUACAUUGUUUGUUAUGGUUUGGAUAGAUCUCUCAGCAACACCAUUUCAUUCUGAGUAUGCCCUUUUUUUUACUUAAGAGAGACCAUACUUUCCCAGUUGUAAUCUUGUUGAUUUGGUGAAAUGUUAGUUUUCAGUUAUGCUACUUACUCAUUAUUGUUCCCUCAUUUCAGAGGAUUCUGACACUGCACGUUUAUCAGUGAGAGAAUUAGAUGAUCACCAACCAUUGCAAUUUUUAAUUUGUGAUUGAUAGAGUGUAGCUGGUGGAGCUGGUGGUUGGAAGUUAGGUGAGGGAGGGUGUACUAAUUCAUUGCUCACACAUCACUAUCUUGUUCAUAACAAAUUAAACACUGUUUGCAUUUCUUA